CAAUUUUAAAAGGCAAAAAUAGAUUCACAUUCGCAAGCAUCCAUGGCGGCAUGGGGUCUCGUCGAUUAUUCUUUUUCUGAAAUUGUAGCCGCGUGGGCGUGGCCGGCACAGAUCCUGAGACCCAGCAAAGACUGCAGUUUCUUGUCAUCCUAGAUUUUCUGCUUUUCUUCUGGUCGUCGUCGUGUCUCCUCCGUCUGCAAAAACAAGUCAGUCUUCCACUUUCAUGGCUGCCUCGGAAAAUGACGAAAAGAGCCUCCACCAGGAGCUCUCGCUUCCCAUCCUACUCGCCGAUCGGGUCAUCAAAUCGGCCCAAGAGGCCGAGUCCUCCAAGCUGGACUGCGCCGACCUCGCUAAGCAAGUCGACCGCCUCUCCCAGAUGCUCCGAUCCACCGUCCGAAUCGCCGCCACCACUCAGUCCCUCUACGAGCGACCCGUCCGCCGAAUUGUCGCUGACGUGGCGAAGAACCUCGACCGGGCUUUGACUCUGGUCCGGAAAUGCAAGCACAGUGGGGUCCUCAGACAAGUCUUCUCCAUAACCACCACUGCGGAUUUCAGGAAAGUUUCGAACCUUCUGGAAUCUUCCAUUGGAGACAUGAAGUGGCUUCUCUCCGUGUUCGAGUCCGACGGCGCCAACCUCUCCCUGCCUCCGAUUGCCAGCAACGACCCAAUUCUCAGCUGGGUCUGGUCUUACAUAGCUACUAUCCAAAUGGGUCAACUCAGAGACCGAGUCGACGCGGCUAACUCGCUCGCUUCCCUGGCUCGGGACAACGACCGAAACAAGAAGAUAAUCGUCGAUGAAGGUGGCCUGACGCCGCUGCUAAAGCUUUUGAAAGAAGGGUCUUCCCCUGACGCCCAAGUUGCGGCGGCCAAUGCUCUGUUUCAUAUCGCUACUGAUCUAGAAAGGGUCCGGAUUAUCAUCGAUUUAAUGGGAAUUUCGGUUGUUGUUUCGGUUUUGGGUGAUUCGCCGAUGCGGGUUCAGGCUUCCGUGGUGAAAUUGGUGUCGGAAAUGGCGGGGCUUGACCCGGUUGCGCAGGAGGAGUUUGGUAGGGAGAAUGUGACGAGGCCUUUGGUGUCUUUGUUGUCCAUGGAUACGGUUCUGGAUGAUCCGAAGGUGCAAACGGGUAAGCCUAGCAUUCAUAAUCUUGUGCAGAUUAACAAAGAGUUAGCUGUAAAGGGUUCAAAUCCCAAUAGUCGUUCGUCGUCAUUUUCGAGUCAUUAUCACUCAGAUGGUAGUAGUAGAGGGGCGCAUUAUAGGAAAGAGAGGGACAGAGAGGCUGAGUCCCCUGAGGUGAAGCUUGAGCUCAAGGUUGGUUGUGCCGAGGCUUUGUGGAAAUUGUGUAAAGAGUGCUUGUUGAAUAGUAGAAAAGUUACUGAGACUAAAGGGUUGAUUUGUUUGGCAAAGAUUAUUGAGACGGAAGUAGGGGAGUUGCAGCUGAACUGCUUGAUGACUGUGAUGGAAAUAGCCGCAGUGGCUGAGUCCAAUCCCGACCUUAGAAGAGCGGCCUUUAAGCCUACCUCUCCGGCUGCAAAGGCGGUUUUGGAUCAGCUUUUGAGAGUGAUUCAAGAAGAGAGUAGUCAAGAAUUGCAAAUUCCUGCCAUUAAGGCAAUUGGAUCAUUGGCAAGAACAUUUCCUGCUAGGGAAACCCGAAUCGUUGGUCCCUUGGUUGCCCGGCUUGGCAAUGGGGAUGUGGAUGUGGCAACUGAGGCUGCUAUUGCAUUAGGGAAGUUUGUGAGUACGGACAAUUUCAAUUGUGUGGAGCAUUCGAAGACGAUUAUUGAGUUUGAUGGGGUUCCUUCUUUGAUGAGAUUGUUGCGGACCACUGAUCGAAUCAACGAACGGGGUCACGUCAACUGCUUAGUACUACUAUGUUAUCUAGCAUUGCAUGUUGGCAAUAGCAAGGCUCUUGAACAAGCACGAGCAUUGAAUACACUUGAGGGGGGAGCUCGUUCAGUUGUAGCUCAGAAUCCUGAUUUGAGGGAUUUGUUUGCCAAAUCCAUGCACAAUCUCACUCUUUAUCAGGCUGGAGCUCAUCCCCACAGGCAAACCUACAUACCCUAGAUUGCCGUAGUUUUAGUCAUGUGAGUUUAUCCUGUAUUUGUAACAUAGAGAACAACAAAUUGGUUCCUUGCCAACUAAUGAAACCCAAAAUUCAAUGGUGUCGGAAAUAGUUGUUUUGUAAUAUAGAUUGAUCGUCAUUGCACUGUGUCAGCUGUUGUCUUUGACUAGAUGAGUGGAUGUUAAAGGUAUC